AUGUCCUCUGCAGCAGGAGAAGAUCUUCCAUCCCCAUCUGUUAUCAAGGACCAGAGCUACCACCUGCUGACUUUAAAACACAAUGGAGGUCUGGUGAUUCCAUCAGGAGGCACAGUGAGGAUCAUCAGGGCAGCAGAGAGGGUCAUUCGUCAGGCAUCAGCCAGUACCAGACGAUCACAGCCCAGCAAACUGCGAGAGGACGUUGGUGCUUGCUGUUAUUGUCCUCAAGCUGUAACAGUUCGAGAUGCCCUCAAGCAGGCCAUGAAUGAGGAGAUGGAGAGGGAUGAACGGGUUUUGCUCCUCGGAGAGGAAGUCGCACAGUAUGACGGUGUAUACAAGGUUAGCAAAGGCCUUUGGAAGAAGUACGGUGACAAACGCAUCAUUGACACACCAAUUGCAGAGAUGGGCUUUGCUGGCAUCACUGCUGGUGCUGCCAUGGUGAGUUUUCCUGCCAUUGUUGAGUACAUGUCCUUCAACUUCUCCAUGCAAUCCAUUGAUCAUAUCAUCAAUUCUGCCGCCAAGACCUACUACAUGUCUGGCGGCCUGCAGCCCGUCUCGAUGGUGUUCCGCGGGCCCAAUGGAGCUGUGCACGGUGUGGCGGCUCAGCACUCCCAGAGCUAUGCAGCCUGGUAUGGACACGUUCCCGGUCUGAAGGUGGUCAGUCCCUGGAGCUCCGAGGAUGCCAAGGGCCUUCUGAAAUCAGCUAUCCAUGACGACAACCCUGGUGAGUUCCUCCCUGUGUGACAAUGAUGAUCACAGCAAGUGAUCAUCAUCUUCACAAGAUACUUUUCCUUUAAGAGGGAAGAACAAGAAUGAUGACU